UUCGAGUAUCAAUAGAAAUUUGCUCGUAUAAGCGGUACAGCUGCACCUGCCUAUUUCUAUUCUCUCUCCUCUUUCUCUCUCUAUACGUCCUUCAUUGCGCUUGCUGUAUCCUCCUCCCUCUUCUUCCGCAGAUCCAAUCACAUAGAAGAAAGUUUAGGCAAAUAUAUAUAUAGAGAUGAAUCGCGGAGUGAGUGCUGGUGGAGGACAAAGUUCUUUGGGAUACUUAUUUGGUGGAGGAGGAGAUUCUCCAAAACCUGCCGUUGCUAAUGAAAGAAAACCUACUUCAAGUGCUGAGAUUGAGGCUGCUGGCAGGCCUUCUUCCAACAGGGUUGUUACCGCUGCUCCUGCUGUUGCUGCUGCAUCUUCUCAACCCGCACCUGUAAUAGAUGCCAGCAAGCAGAUUCCGGCUGGAAUUCAUAGCAGCACCACCAAUAACUACACCAGGGCAGAUGGGCAAAAUACUGGCAAUUUUCUCACUGAUCGACCCUCGACUAAGGUUCAUGCAGCUCCGGGCGGUGGAUCUUCCCUAGAUUACCUCUUUGGCGGUGGAAAGUGAAAAGUUCAAUUGCAAGCUCUUCUUCUUCGGAUCAAUCAAUGUAAUGUGGAACAAUCUGUACUACUCUUACUUCUAUGCUUGAUUUUCUCCAUUGAAAAACAAAAUCAGAGGAGCUUUAUAUUCUAUUGAAAGACAAUUAUGAAUUUGCUAUUAUCUGCAUAUCCCCCCAUUUAAGAAUGUGAGUGUUGAAGUUGUGUUUGAUUGA